AUGUCAGAGCACAGCAAGAACUCAGACCAAGAAGAACCCCUGGGCGAGGACAUUGAUGAAGAUGAGAUCUUGGCCAACCUGUCCCCCAAAGAGCUUAAAGAACUGCAGUCUGAAAUGGAAGUCAUGGUGCCCGAUCCCAGGCUUCCUGUGGGAAUGAUCCAGAAGGAUCAGACCGACAAGCCACCAACUGGAAACUUUGACCAUAAAUCUCUUGUAGAUUAUAUGUAUUGGCAGAAGGCAUCCAGACGCAUGCUGGAAGAUGAGCGUGUUCCUGUCACCUUUGUGUCCUCGGAGGAGAGUAAACAAGGCCAACAUGAAGAAAGAGAUAGAAGUAAUACAAAUUUGUCCCAGUUUCUGAAAGACAGGCUCAACAGUGAAAUAGCUGCCAGUAAAAGAGAAGCAAAGGACAGCAACAGUGACCAAGAAAAGGAUAAUAGUGAAGAAGAUGAGGAGGAGGAUGAAGAUGAAGAUGAAGACGGUGAAGACAGUGAUGAGAAAACAGAAGUCUGUGGGGAAGGAAAGGAGCAAAUCCAAAAUGGCAAGAGUGACUGCCAACAGGUGAACAGCCAAGCUUUCACCCGGCAGACAGCCCCAGAGAAAAAUGAGAAAAAGAUCUCCAAACUGGACCCCAAGAAGCUGGCGCUAGACACCAGUUUUUUGAAGGUCAGUGCGCGGCCAUCAGGCAACCAGACGGACCUGGACGGCAGCCUGAGGCGGGUGAGGGCCAACGACCCCGAACUCACGGAGCUCAACCUCAACAACGUGGAGAACAUCCCCAAGGAGAUGCUGCUGGACCUGGUCAGCGCGCUGCGCAAGAACAAGCACGUGCGCACGCUGAGCCUGGCCAACGUGGGCGCCGACGACAGCGUGGCCUUCGCACUGGCCAACAUGCUGCGCGAGAACCGCAGCGUGCGCGCGCUCAACGUGGAAUCAAACGCCCUGAGCGGCCGCGGCGUGGUGGCCCUGGCGCGCUGCCUGCAGUUCAACGAGACGCUGACGGAGCUGCGCUUCCAUAACCAGCGCGCGGUGCUGGGCCAGCGCGCAGAGAACGAGCUGGCGCGCCUGCUGCGCGCGAACACCACGCUGCUCAAGCUCGGCUACCGCUUUGAGCUGCCCGGGCCGCGUAUGGCCGUCACCGGCCUGCUCACGCGCAACCAGGACCUGCAGCGCCAGCGCCGCCAGGACGAGCAGCGACGGCAGCAGCUGCGAGAGCGCGCGGGACUCAUCGCCGCGCUGGAGAGCGGUCUGGGGCUGCCACCUGGCAUGUGGGAAAAACUGGGGGGACCUGUUCCGGACCCCCGCCUGCAGGCGCUCCUCCAGCUGCCGCCCGGUAUGUGGGACAGGCUAGGGGGAACCACGCCGGACCCCCGAACUCAGGCGCUCCUCCAGAAGCCGCCUGGGCCUCCCACCCCCCAAGGCACCUCCAAGAAGCCCUCACUGACCCAGCAGAACAGCGCUGACCCCGACGGGCUUCGUGGGGUGAAGCUGAAGCGCGUGCCGCGCAAGUCUUGGUUGCCCAACGCCGGAGACUCGCCCGAGAAGACCAACCUCAAGGACGUGAUCAAGACGCUCAGGCCGGUGCCCAGGAACAGGCCACCCCCAUUGGUGGAGAUCACCCCCAGAGACCAGCUUCUCAAUGACAUCCGGCACAGCAACGUGGCCUACCUGAAACCUGUAAGUAGGAGCAGGGACAAGUGGUGA